UACAUCUCCCUCCGCCCCUUUGUGACUGCCUCGCGCUCAGCCCCGUUGCCAGGAAACGGGAAGAAGUGGCAGCAGCGCGGCCCGCGAGGCCAGUCAGAUCGCAGAGGCCUCCUAAAGGGAAGGACGGGGCGCUGGCUGCGAGCGAUGAACGUCGGCCGCCCGGCACCAGAGACAGCUUAAGACUAGUGCAUUGAAGCACCAAAAAUACUAAAACAUAUGAAGCAGCGUGGCAAUAAACCUGGGGACCAUGCCCAGAAGAAAAGUUCAUCCUCUGGUCGGGACGGAAGCACCCCAAUAGCACAAGCUUCAGAUGAUAGUGAGGAGACCAAUAUCUUAAAUCCAAAACUGUUGACUCAGAAGCGACCACUCCAAGUUUCAAGCAGUAUGGGAGACAGCAGUAUGGAAAACACUGAUGGUGCCAAAAGGCAAAAGCUGUUGCCUAAAAUGAGUUCCUCUGGCCAUGAAUCUGGAAAUGAGGAGUCGGAUGACAGUGAUUAUGAGCAAGGAGAGAGUGACAAUGAUGUCAGUGAUGAGACAAGCUCUGAGGAUGAUGACGAUGAUGACAUUUGUAGUGAUGCCUCUGAAGGCGACGAAGACUCCAAAGAAAAAAGAGACCAGACCUCUUCAAAGACUGAUUUAACAAAAGAGUUGUCUUCAAUGUCUUUUGAGGAGAUACUGCAAUUGAGAAAUCAAGUUGGGAUGAAGGCUUAUCAGCGAAUGACUUCUGAGAAAAGAGCACCAAGUUCAAAGAAGCCAGAGAAGAGACAGUGGCCAAGCAAAGACAGACCUUUAGAAAUUUCAGCCAAGAAGCCAGUCUCCUUUCUGCGAAAAGUGGUGCUUGUUAAAAAGAAGGUACCUCGAGACCCACGUUUUGAUGAUCUCUCUGGGGAAUAUAAACCAGAAGUGUUUGAAAAGACCUACGGAUUCUUGAAUGACAUCAGGAAAAAGGAGAAGGAGAUAGUUCAGAAGCAACUCAAGAAAAGUAAAAAUGUGGACCAGCAAACCAAGUUGCAACAGCUUCUUAAGCGAAUGACACAACAGGAAGUUGCACAUAGGAAAAUCCAAGAGGAAAGGGAAAGGGACCUUGCCUUCAAGAAGGAGCAGCGGGAGUUGGCCAAGCAAGGGAAGAAGCCCUUCUAUCUAAAGAAAUCUGAUAAGCAGAAGUGGGAACUGGCUGAGAAAUACAAAGAGCUGAAGAGGAGUGGAAAACUGGAGAGCUUUUUGAGCAAGAAAAGAAAAAGGAACGCUGCUAAGGACAAAAGGAAACUCCCUUUUAAGAAGAAUUUGUAAUAUUUGGCUGCAGGAGAAAAUCCUGGCUAUGCCGAUUGUGCAGGCAACACUGCUGCUCACAACCAACUUUGACUUAACAAGCUCCUAGCAAGACUGCAUUGAGUGGUCUAGGUUUUUCUGCCAUCAUGCUGAACAGGACUGCCGACAGUUUUCUAGAAACUGUGUACAAGAAUUCUAAUUGCAGAGUCUCAUUAAUUGGUGCUUUUCCUUUUGAAAGAGCUCCUUGGAUCAUUAAUUGAUAAUAUGUUUUGUAACAUCAUUUUGCUAGAAUAAAGAAAAGCAAAUUUAAAAUGUUAAGAAAAGCAAAUUUCUUCUUUCAUCUGUUGAUACAAAACAAGAGCAAAUGAAACCUCAUGAUCACAUUCACAAGACUGCUAUUCUAAUUAAUUCACAGACAUUUCCCACUGUUUCCUCACAGUGUUUGUUCCUCUCUCUCUUUCAGCAUGGGUUCAUUUCCUUAGUUAGUAAUUGUCAGCAUGGCUUAAUUCCAGAUAAGCAGAUGACUUUCAGGUAUUUAUCUUGUGUUCCAAAUCAUCUAGCUCCUUUGUUACUUGCUUUUUUCCCCCUUCUCUGAUCAAACUCAUUUUUAUUGCUAUAUAUCUUUGUCAUGUGGAAAAAUAUUGCUUCUUUUUCUCAAUAGAUUGGAAAAUUUGAAGAUACCAAGCUAGGACAUAAAGAGAAGAGUUCUGGUUUUGGCCUUUUGCAUAGAGGUCUGCUACUUACAAAUUUCUAUCCACAUGAAGCUGCCUUAUAAGAAAUCAGACAAAUUUAUUUUACAUAAUUUAUUCUGCUAAUCUGGGUGUGUGAGAAAUAAAUUAUACUUGGCAUCAAAACUCUGCCCUCUUUCCAGAUUUGAAGGGCACCAAGUUGAAAAAGACUGACCUAGGCUAGCAUGCUCCUUGACAAUUACAUGUGGAUGACCACAAGCUAAAGCACCACUUAUUUUUGGCCAAUAGAGAUGAGAGUACUAAAACAGUAUUCUUGGUUUCCAAAGAUAAUGGUCUGAACAUGCCCUUACAAGGAAAGCAGAGAUACAAGGUCAGUAUGUGUCUGUUUUUCCCCACCAUAAAAUUUCCCUCCUGAAUAUAUUUACAGAGUUAAUGAGGAAUUUUAUUUAGUGGGCUGAGUGUACUGAAGUAACACUGGCUGCCUUGGAACAUACUCAUGGAAAUGAAUGACCCAAAUACAGGGAAGAAAGCUACUUUCUCAAAUUAGUGGAAAUCAUAAAAGAUUAAAACAGCGAUUGGGAAUCGUAAAAAGCAAUGAGAAGUAACCAUCCCUGCGCCUGGGGGCGGAAAGUGAGUGAGAAGCGAAGGAUGCGCUAUAUAGCUACCUUACACGGACAAGGGCAGUAAGGGGGAAUUAAAUGCAGAGAUUCAUGCUUGACUCCAUUCUGAUCAGGCUCUGAUGGCACCCUUCCUAGUCUGCCUUAUUUUUGAAGUUGGCAGUGUCUCUUGAACUUGUGCCAAUUCAAUAUCUCAGGGCUGAACUCCCAGCUUAAAUUGGAUCUCGGACUGUUAGCAGUCCCAAAGAAAAAAUGAGUCUCUUCCCCCCCAGUUCUUUGCAAAAGUAAUUCUACAAGCACAUCUCUUUGCAAAUGACAUUCAAUUCUUCAGUUCUUUCAAACCACUUCUCAUCACUUCUGGCUGUUGGAAAAAGCUUCCCAACCAAGCAUUCUCUUUAACCCCCUUCACCCAUUUUCUAAUAGAACAAUGGGGCUUUAGGAAGUAAGGGUUUCCUACAUGCCUCUACCCUAUACAUUCUGUCCCUAAAACUUUCCUCAUUUGCUUAGUAGGGACGUAUGUAAGCAUUUGUGGGUAUGUGUCCAAGUAGCAACAUCACAUGACCAGAGGACCCUCCAGGUAUAUUUGAAAGCACAUAAAACUCCCUCCUUCACCCUCAAGAUGGAGAGUGCAGUCUCUACUGGGUUGCUCCUCUUUUUGAAACUUUCCUGUAGCUAGCUGGGGCUUAGAAGCUGUAUGUAUAUAUGUUUGAAUAUAUCUUUAAAUGUAAUAAAGUGUUUAGUUAAGAAGCUUGCAUACUUCCUGCUUGCCUUACUUAGCUAAAACUAGCUCUGUGAGACACCCAAGAGCUUCAACACUUCCACUUGUGAACUCUGCUAAAAGAGACAGAGUCUUAAUUGAACUGGUCUUCAUCUUUCCCAGAAAAAGGGCUAACAGGAAUCUACUUCUAGUCAAACACUGGUUUCCUCCUUUGCUGCUUCUGGUUCUCCUGUGGUAAUCCAACAAUAACCUGAUUUUUAAUUUUCCUGGGAUUUGAACAGCUUUACAGGUGGAGCAAGAUUUGGUCUGUCAUUGCUCCAAUGAGAUAAAUUUCCAAUUUCUCUCAGAUGGCAGCAUCAGCAAGGUCAGGAAGACAGCCACUUCUUUCAGCAUCCCAACCAUGAUUGCUUCAUUCUCUCCCUUUAGAUUCUUGGGAGAAUGAAUAGAAUGAAGAAGUGACAUAUUUCUUGGGAGCAUUUAGCUAUUCAGCAGAGGAGUGAAAGUUCAUUUGGCUGAAGACUGAGGCUAUAACUCUUAGGUAAAACUAGCCAUGGCAUCUUUUAUUAAUUUUUUUAACCUGUUGGAAUAUCUGAAACUAAAUAUUUACUUCCAGUUUUCACCUGUCAAUGAGCUUCAAACAAGACUGGACCAUAGCUGAAUUAAGAGGUGGAUUUAAUGCUCACAGCAAAGCAGGUCCAAAAUUCAACUUGCUUCUCUGUUGAAAGCAUAUAUAGUGGCAUCCUGGUUGCAUUCAAGCAUCAAUUAGUCACAGGUAAAGCCACAUAUGAAAUCUACAGAUUCUUUCCCUCCACCACAAGAUAUGAUGGGGACAUAAGAUCAAGUCUUUUUUGUUGUUGACCUAAUAAAGUUAUUGCCCCGAUAGGGAUUUUGGAUAUUCUUGAGGUGCUUCCAGACAGACACACCUAGUGCUGCCAAUCAUUAUUCCACUGUGGGCUAAAAGCAGAAUUCCCAUUGACAGUUCAAAGUUCAGGAGCUCUAGUGUUUUGCCAUGUUUUUCAUUUGUCCUUAUCACUAAAUUCUAUCCAUAGCUGAAAGGACAAUCAUCCAUUUUCUGAAAGCUGUGACCUCUCCUUUCAGGAUAUGUCAUGGUCACCACAUACAUCUUGGCUCAGAACUUUGAAGUGGUUGCUUCCCAGCACUAUCUUAACACCCAGAUGUGUUUUUAAAACUCUUCAAUGUGCCUGCACCACAUGGUGACUUGUGAGUAAACAUCAUUAUCAAAGGACUAAAUCCUGACCUUUUUUUCUGGUUGUUUUUCCAAUUUAGCUAGAGUUUUGUAGUCAGCUUCAAGCCCCUUCCCCUUGUUUUCUUUCUUUCUUUUUUUUUCCUGCUCAGCUUCCUAGCUAGUCUAAAAAACUAGAAAAUUGUCCCACAUCCUCAAACCUCUCCAUUCCUUUUCUCUGAUCAUGUUUCAUCAUCUCCAAAUGCUGGUUUCCUUAAAGAGAAAAUGGAAGGCAGCAGUGAUAGUUUUGCCUCCCUUUCUCCAGUUCUUGUAUACUUUCAAACCUUUGCUACUCCAGUACAGUGAAUUUUCAGAGGUCUGUGUCAAUCCACUGAAUAUCAGUUUGAGGACUGAAGCACUGUAACCAGAUCCUAGCAAUCUUUAUUCAGAAGGAAGUGGUUCUGUGUGCAUUGAGAUCUCAGCCUACUUUGGACACUCAAACUUUACAAGAGAGGGAAGGUCUUGCUCUGCAAUAUAUGGACACUCUCUGACCAGAAAUCCAGAGCAAGUAGCACAGGAAGGAGAGACUUUCAUCUGCAACAUGUCAGGGCAGCUCUUCUCAUCCUAUAUUUUGUCCAUACUGAAGAAUUUCACUGCUUUUUUGCUCUUCCUGUGAUCAGGAGAAAUGAAACCAGCAAUGAGCUGAUUACUAACAGAUCAUGAUAUUGUUUGAACUCUUGAUAGCAGUCUAGAGACAAAACUGAAUUCGUGUUCUAACUAAAAUCUCCCAACAACUAUGGAAAACAAAACAAUGGCUCACAGGUUGGAGACUAUCAAUACACAUUCCUAUCCCCCCCAAAAGAGACACAAAAGAUUGCAAUAACUACAGGACCAUCACAUUAAUUUCCCAUGCAAGCAAAGUAAUGCUCAAAAUUAAUGGAGCAAGGAAUUCUAGAGAUGUAAGCUGGGUUCAGGAAAGUAAAAGGCACUAGGGAUCACAUCACAAACAUACACUGGAGAACAUAGCACACCAAAGAAUUCCAGAAGAAAACCAGCCAAAGUCUUUGACUGCAUCAAUCACAAAAAGCUAUGGAUUGCUCUUAAAGCGAUGGUAGUGUCUCUACAUUUUAUUGUUCUAAUGCAGGGGUAGGCAACCUUUUUGAGCCGGGGGCCGGGUUGGUGUCCCCCAGACAACCGGGGGGGGGGGGGGGUGAAGUAAAAAAAAUAAAUAAUUAAAUAA